AUGCCGACGUACAAAAACAUCACAGUCUCCCUCCGCUCCUCAGCGCAGGAGACGGCGCCGCUGCUCGAGUUCCCGCCGCCGCCGCACCUGCCGGGCGUGCGCAUCGAGGACACACAGAGCUCGACGGCCACCGUCUACGUGCUCGCGUCGCCGGGCCUCACCUUCUGGAUCGCGUACCACGUCAAGCCGCCGGCGCUGAUCAUGGACGACCAGCCGGUCGACGUCAAGUACUUUCUGUUCAAGCUGUACAUGGAGGGCCGCCACGUCGUCACGUGGGCGGUCGGUGAGGAGGAUGAGUGGAAGGGGAAGACGAUGUUCGGGCUGUUUGAGAAUCAGGCGUGGAGGGGUGGCGUGGAGAAGAGGGCGUUUACGUUCGCUACGGGGAAGGAGAGUGGCAUGGGGGAUGUGGAUGUGGACGUCGAAAAGGAUCAUGAGGAGAGAUUCAUGGAGAUUAAGGUCUUUCGGGCGAGCGCGAGGAAGAGAGUUCAAAGGAAGACACCGGAGCUGAUGGAGACGGAGGUGGGGAAGGAGGGUGCGGGAGGCAUCAACCUCGUCAAUGCCGGACGCCUCAAGAAGGAGAAUCCGAAGCGCUACUACGAGUUUGCGCUCCUCGACAGCCUGAAGGAGCCGUUCGCGAAGUUUCGGUACUAUUACCGGUCUGUCGACCAGCUCGAGACCCUGGGCGUUAUUAUUAGAGCGCCGCAUUCGGAAACCAGCGAUGAAGCUAUUACAGACAGCGGCAACGGGUUCCAAGAUCUAGACCUCUCUUUCUUGAGCAGGAACGGUACAGAUACGCCUCCAACUGUCACAGAUCAACCCACCACACCUUUGUCCCAUGGAUCUCCGGACACGAUAGUGCCGGAAAAGCCCAGUGCGGCUGUGUCAUCUAGCGAUACCGAGCUUGAUCGUCCGAGUUCCGGUGGCGAGGUUGCUGAUCUGCUGAGCCAUGUGGGCUUCUCUACCGAAGCCGAGCCGCCGCGCUCGCCAGAUGCAUCUGCAGCUGUUCUGCCGAAAUAUGGUCUAUCGUCUCCCUGGAGCCCUCCGAAGAGUUCGAGGAUUGCGAUGCGGAACUCGGGGGUGGUCCCGAUGACGAUGCCGGACAGCCCGACGAAGGGUUCGGUGGCUGACGUAGCGUUGGUGGGAGCUUUGACUGGGCAGGACUGGCUCAAGCACACGCCCAGCCCCGACCGGAACUUGUACAGGGAGUUCGACUCGCCUGCGCCAGCCGCCUAUGCAGCUGCCGCGGCACUGCUUACCGGCCUCGUCGCGGCUUCGUCGCUGACCCCGCCCGUGUUGCCCCUCACAGUGCGCACGCCGUACAUGAGCACCUGGUUAAACGAUGCCAGGGAAGAGCCGUGGAGCAGAUGGCCCAUGUUCUGGACCGGCGACGAGAUCGGAUUCUCGCUACUCGCCGCCGUGCCGGAGACGCACACCGUCUACCCGCUGCUGGGUCGCCCGCAAGAUUCGCUGGCCCCGAGUGGGCGCGGAGAGGGGUACAACGUUUCGCGCGCCAUCUACAAGGGCGCCAAGUACGACGCGUCGACGACCAACUUGACCUACGCUAUCCCGGCGCCGAACCACGAGGAUGAGCCGGUCGAGCUGGUGCUGUCGUUCCUCUCGCCCAUUACCCCGACAUCGACCCUCCGCCAGUCCAUCCCAGCUUCGUACAUCUCGGUACAUGUCUCCGGAACAUUCAACAUCGAUGUGUACAUCGAUGUGAACGGACAAUGGGUCAGCGGACACCGCGAGGCCCGCAUCGUGUGGGACUUUGAGCACAACGCCCUCGAUGACAAGCACCGCCUGAAGACGUUCAAGGUCACUCGCGAAGAGGAGCUGCUCUUUACUGAGAACCGCGGUGGCGGCAAUGCUCAGGCUGAGUGGGGUUCCCUGUACUUCACCGCGCCUUCGGAUGUUCGCCACGAGUGCGGUACUUCUGCCAUCCUUCGCCAGCGCUUCUCUGCCACCGGAACGCUGGAGAACGAGGUUGACAGUGCAUUCCGUAGCAUCAUGGACGAGGAGCCUGUCUUCGCUUUCGCCAAGUCGUUUAAGCUUUCCGGAAACAGCUCCAAGUCGUCCAGUGACAGCGUUUUGUUCACUUUGGCUCACAUCCAGGACCCUGUCGUUCAGUUUGCCUCAGCACGGGGCCUGACGUACAUGCGUCCUCUCUGGAAGUCGUGGUUCGCCGAUGUGGAGGAGCUGCUUACCUACCACUACCUCGACUUCCACAACGCCAAAACUCUCGCUUCCGACUACUCGGAGCAGCUCGCCGUUGAUGCCUGGCAGUCUGGUUCCGACAACUAUGUUGACAUUGUCGCUCUCAGCGCUCGUCAGGUUAUGGGUGCCACCAGCUUCUCCGGUACCGCCGAAGAGCCCCUCAUCUUCCUCAAGGAGAUUUCUUCGAACGGUAACUCGCAAACUGUGGACGUCAUCUUCCCGGCUUGGCCCUUCUUCCUGUACACGAACCCCCGCUGGGGCGCGUGGCUGCUCGAGCCGCUCAUCGAGCACAUGAACAGCGGGCAAUACCCCAACACCUACUCGAUGCAUGACCUUGGAGCGCACUUCCCCAACUUGACCGGCCACGCCGAUGGCAACGACGAGUACAUGCCGGUCGAGGAGUGCGGAGACAUGCUCAUCAUGGGUCUGUCUCUGGUCAAUUCGCUCACUUACGGCGCUGGCGAGAAGUCUCAGUCGCUCUGGUCCACUAUGGGUAGCCCAGACUACGACGAGGAGGCCGAGAACCCAUUCGCGCUCCUUACCAGCGAAUUCGAGGGUAUUGAUAACAUUGACCACACCUGGGGCGGCAUGACCAAGGGUGCCAAGCAGGCGCAGAAGUGGCUCAGCAAGAGCUACAAGCUGUGGAGGCAGUGGAGCGGCUACUUGGUUGAGUUCAGCUUGGAGCCGCACAACCAGCUCUCCACCGACGAUUUUGCUGGUUGGUUGGCGCUUCACAGCAACCUUGCUCUCAAGGGAAUUGUUGGUAUCAAGGCCAUGAGCGAGCUUGCGGCUACCAUGGGUUAUGAUGAUGAUGUCAAGUACUACCAGAACGUCUCGGAUGUCUACAUUGAGAAGUGGCAAGAAUAUGCCAUUUCGCGUGACGGCACCCACGCCAAGCUGGCUUACGACUGGUACGGAAGCUGGACGACCAUCUAUUCUCUCUAUGCCGACUCCCUCCUGUGCUUCCACCCCACCAUCACCAACACCAGCUCCGAGGCCGUCGAAGACGAGGACAUUGUCGCCUCCCACCACCAACAGAAGGGUGGCUCGCAAGCGCCCCUCCAGCCGGACAUCCGCCACCCGCUCCCGGGCACCCGCAAGCCCAUCACCAAGGACUUCAUCCCGCACUCGGUCUACGUGAUCCAGUCCAAGUGGUACGCGGCGGUGAUGCAGAAGUACGGCCUGCCGCUCGACUCGCGCCACUUGUACACCAAGUCGGACUGGGAGUUCGAGGCGGCGGCCGUCACGUCGGAGAAGGUGCGCGCCGACAUCCUCGACCGCGUCGCCACGUGGAUCAACGAGACUGUCACCGACCGCGCCUUCACCGACCUGUACAACACCGAGGGCGACGGCGGCUUCCCCAACCCCUUCUUCUUCGCUAGGCCUGUUGUUGGUGGCCACUUCGCCUUCUUGGCGCUCGAGAGGGCGUGCGGUGGGACGGCUAUGAACCCUUUCCUCGCGUGGGCGGAGUAA